AUGGACGAGCUAAACACCAUAUAUGGUGUUGCUAGGGUGCCUCCAUUGGGAAACGUCGGUUUACAAAGAGUUCAGUUAAAAAAUUUGCAGCCGUUCAUGAAUAAGAUUUUUAUUGUCGGCGUAAUAAUAGCAAAGCAGAAACCAAAAUGUUUUAAAGACGUAAAGUCAGCCGGUAACACGCAGAGAUGUGUUUGGAAUUUUACUUUGAGAGACUCCCCGAAGGAUUAUAUAAAUGUAACGUAUUGGGGGUCGUCCGAUGAAGUUAUUCCUGUUGCCGACAAAUUUCAAAUUUCAAGUGUUGUGGAAGUGGUUAAUCCUAAAAUUAUGGUUCGCAAAAUAAACGAUUAUGGCGAACAAUUUAGGCCAAUGGUAACAUCUCCAUAUUCCUUAACACUUAAUGAAGGGUCUGACAUAUUUGAAUAUGCUGGUCAGACUGUAAUGUACAAGAAUUUGCUGAAGCUUCCAACAAAACCAAUAGCAGGAUUUGUACCUUUAAAGCAAAUCCAUAUAAAUGGUCGACGUUUAAAAAAUGAAUAUGUUGAUGUACUAGGAGUUCUUAGGGGGAGUAGACCACCGAGAAACGUUUCAGGACCGAAUUAUUCAUUUCAAGUUAUGGAAAUUGAAAUUUUUGAUUGCACUGCUCCCAGUUUAAAAAUUUCUCUUACUGACAACGAAAAUAUUAUCAGGGCGACAUCGUGGAUCCCAAGAUGCACUGUAAUAUUUUUCACCGAUUUAAGAGUUACAUGGUCAGAUUUUGAUAAGGCUUUCACUGCAAAGUGUACUAGUCGUUCUAUAAUUACUGAAAAUCCCGUUUGUAAAGAAACUACACUCUUGUUGAAUUAUGCUAAAAAUGCACCCAUUGACACUUAUGAUAUUCUUGAUCAAAUGAUUACUGCAAUUCCGGAACCGAAUCAAAUUCAGGAUAUUAUGAGUGUGAAACAAGUGCAAAAUAAAAUUAAUUUUAUAUUGCAAGGUUUGUCCCAAGAUACACAGUUUUCAGCUUUGUUAUACGCAUUCGUAACUGAUAUGGACUUGGAUGGUCAUAAUACAGUUUUUAUAAAAUGUGGUAUGUGUAGAGCGCAGGUUGGCUAUGGACUCUCAUGCGAAAACCCGCAAUGUGACAGUAUAGGCAUAGAACAAUUGAGCUUUGAUACUAAUUUUGACUUGAGGAUUUGUGUAUCUGAUCAUACUGGUACAUUAUUGAAUUGCUAUUUUAGGGGUAAAGCUGUUGAAAACUCGUUUGGUUGCAAAGUACAAGACUUCCUUUUAAUGAGUGACGAUCAGAAGAGAGAAUUAAAAUGGCAAUAUAUUUUGGAAAGAUGUGCGAUUAGAAUUUUUGUAAUGAUUAAUAGAGGAAGGCCCAUAAUUUCUAUUGUUAAUAUAUCCAAAGAGAAUGAAUUGAGUGUAGCUCAAAAGAUACCUGUAUAUUAAGAAGUAACAUAAAAUAUUGUAUUAGCAGUUUAUUUACUUAAUAAAACUAUUAUUUA